UCCAUAGCACAAUGUUUUGAUUUGUAGAAUUUGAAUUUGAAUUUUGAAAUCGACGUGACGAUACAUAAAAUGAUAAAUGUUUAAAUUAAACCUCUGCUGUUAUCUUAAAUAUGAAUACUUGUAUUAUUUUUUGAAAUAAACACUCAUACCUAGUUUUAAUUCAAUAAAAUUUUCAAUUACAUUUGAACUCAGAAUGCCGCGAGUAAAAUUGGACUAUGUCGUCAGUUUUAGCAGUGAAGAUCCCAACAAUCCAGCGAGCAACUUGCUAGCAUGGGAGAUCAGCAAGAAGAAGUGGUUAUGCAGCAAAUGGGAACCAUCUUGCUCUGUGGUGCUGCAGCUGGCUAAAGCUGUACAGAUCCAGUCAGUUCACAUUGGCGCCUAUCAAGCAUCCCUGGUGGAGGUUCUGGUGGGCCUCUCUGAGAAACCUAACGAUCCAUUUGAGGUGUUGGUCCCCAGCUGCGUGCUGGUGGCGCCGGGCGAGGCGCGGCGCGGGGCGGCUGAGAGAGUUCGUACCUUCAGUGCGGACCAGCUCAGCGCGGCACGGGCACAGCGGUGGGAUCGACUGAGGGUGGUGUGCUCGCAGCCCUAUAAUAAGCAUUGUCAGUACGGCCUCUCAUUCAUCCACAUCUAUUCCCCGGAAGCUGACGGCAACCCAGCAGCACCAAUAACAGAGAAUACAACAGAGCAGCCAGUUAAAGCCAUCCCCAACAGAAUGUUCGCUCUGGACGGUCUCUCGUCUGACGAGGACGAGUUCAAGCCGGGGGAACUGUUUGCGAAACAUCGGGCUACGGAAAGUACUGAUGCUCAAAUAAGACAAGCGUCAUCAAAUGCUUUAAAAAAUAUCUCUGACUCUGCCACUAAAUUGACCAAAACACCUAUAUCAAAGACAUGUGAAGCGCGACACAAAAACAGCGCUAAAAAAUCAGACAGCGACCAAACAAACAGACAAAGAGAUAGUCUGAUGUAUACUGACGACGAUGAUCAGCCACAUGGAAGAAUUGACAGAAUAGUACAAAAACGUAAAGAUGAAAAGAGUAAAGAAGAGAUAAAUAGACAGAAAACAAAUGAACCUAAAAGAAAAACAACCAAUGAACGUAUGAAAGAUUUAUCAAACGAAAUUGACAAAGAAUUGAAUGAAAGUAUGAGAGAUGUUGUUGAUGGUGCAAGUAGUUCCAAAAAAAGGAAACGAGACUCGACCAACGAAAGCAAAGAUAAAGAUUUAAAUGUUAAUAAAAGGAAUGACGCGAACAAGAUGAAGAGGGACAAAAGUGAUGACAGAGACGAAACACGUAAGCGCAAGAAAGUUGAAAAUAAUAACGGUGCCCUCCGGCCUGGGUCAGUAUGCAGCGAUAUAGGGCAAAUCCUAGCGGGCACGGUGCUGGCCCUCAGCGGCUACGUGCACCCGCGGCGCGGAGCCCUGCGCGAGCUCGCCCUGCGGCUCGGCGCGCAGUACAGACCCGACUACACAAGGGACUGCACGCAUCUCAUCUGCGCGUUCCCCAACACGCCCAAGCUGAAGGCGGUCCGCUCCGCCGACACGCCCUGCUUCGCGGUGAAGGGCGAGUGGCUGGAGCAGUGCUGUGCCGCGCGGCGUCGCCUGCCCGAGCCAUGGUUCGCCACCGAGCCGCACUUGUAUGUGGCGCCGCCAAAGGGGGGGUACACACAAUAUGAUGAUGAUGAUGGGGGUGAGGAAGGGGGGAGUAAGCCUGGUGCGGCGGGGGUUGCGCCGGAUAGUGACGCAGACACGGAAGACGAGAUCGAGCAAGUGAGGCAGGAACAAGCGAAGAGAGACACACAACACACGAAACAAGAAAAGGAACAAACAGACAAACAGACGGAGGCCAGUGACUCUGACGUGAGCUUCGUGUGUGACGAGCGUGUGAAGGGGAACAUCACUUUGCAUGACGACGACAGUGACGACACUGAGCCCGAAGAACGUACGAACAGACAGAUUGGACUUGAUAAGACUAAGCUGUUGCCGAGCUUCCUGGAGGGCUACACGUUCGUGGUGUGCGGCGAGGUGCAGCGCGCGGGGCACGAUGUGGGGCUGCUGCGGCGGCACGUGCGCGCGUACGGCGGGGAGCUGCUCACGGAGGAAGAAGUGACGGAAGACAGCGAAGUGCACUACAUAGUGUGCACGAGCACGGACGCGUUACCGCAGUGUGCAGGUGUGCGUGUGUCGCCGCGUUGGCUGUGGCGCGCACACACACGCAGGCGGCGCCCGUCCGACGAGCGGGACGAGAUACACUGAGCGUGUGUGCGUGUACCAACCGCAAGCACACCACGUCACGUCCCCACGUGCCGGUUGUAGUACGGAGUGGGAUAUAUUGUUGUGUGCACUGAGCGCGUGUGCGUGUGAGUGCGUAGCUUAACGUAGGGCGGAAUACAAACAUAUGCGUGCGUGUGUUACGGAAAUGUUAUUGUAUGUACUGAUUGUGUGCGUGUAUGUUUGUAUGUCGUAGAUAUAUAUUUUUUUUAUUAUUUUAAGCCGCGUAGCCACGUGGGCCGCGUAUUUGAGCAAUUGUUAAUCAAACACUCCAAAAUGAUUGUAGCAUAUAGAAUUUUUUAAUAACUUUGAUUUGAUAAAAAUGCUUACAAGGUUAGAAAGAUUUAUAUGAAUAAUAAUAUUGUCGUGUUUCUCCGAGUCAUGUGAAGUUUGUAAUUAAACAGUACCUUGAUCUCUUAAUAAACUAUUUAUAUUACUCUAUUUGUAUCACAUUUAAUAUUACUGACUUUCAUUAAUUUUAGUUGUUUUCACAUGAUAAUUUUCUUAGCAAUUAUUAAAAAUGUAAUUAAUUUCCAUUUUGUAUCGUAUGUAUAGACUAUUCGAUAAUUGAUUAUAAAUUUAUUAUUAUUCGUUUCAUAACUAAUUUCAUUUUGCUAAUAAAUUAGUUUA